GUGCUAGUGUGUCACACUGAAAGCGCCCCGGCGGACUCUUCAAUGGAGUGUCUGUGAGCUGAAAGUUCGAAGCAAGAAAACAAACCCUAGAUUUAGAUUCAUGUAUCUACAAGCAAAGUCCACAUUUAAGCACUGCAGCAGGAAGGAUGUCAGAAGUUGUGAACCAGUCCUGUCUGGCGGGAGCAGAAGACACCAUCUCCUUCCUGGUGUGUGUCCUUCAUGCGUGUGAAGAGUGGGCGGGUCUAGGCCAGGUGGAAGACUACCUGAGUGUGUUGGAGUAUUUGUUGUGGGUCUUCACCCCUCUGGCAGUGGUCUUCAUCCUGCCCUUCCUCAUCGUCAUCCUCCUCUACCUCUCCAUACUCUUCCUUCAUGUCUACAAGAGGAAGAACCAGCUGCGGGAGGCCUACUGCAACAACCUGUGGGACGGAGCUCGGAAGACUCUGGCCACGCUGUGGGACGGACAUGGAGCGAUAUGGCACGGCUAUGAGAUCCACGGCAUGGAGAAGAUCCCGGCCCAAGGAGCGGCACUGAUCGUGUACUACCAUGGAGCCAUCCCCAUAGACUACUACUACUUCCUGGCCAAUGUCAUCAUCCAGAAAGGACGCACCUGUCACUCUGUGGCCGACCACUUCCUCUUCAAAAUACCAGGUUUCAAGCUGCUGCUGGAGGUGUUCAGUGUGAUGCACGGCCCCCAGGAGGAGUGCGUGCAGGCCCUGAGGAAUGGCCACCUGCUGGGCAUCUCACCAGGAGGUGUGAGGGAGGCUCUGUUCAGUGACGAGACUUACCCUCUUCUCUGGGGCAAACGCAGGGGCUUUGCCCAGGUGGCCAUCGACUCCCAGGUGACCAUCAUUCCCAUGUUUACUCAAAACCUGCGAGAAGGCUUUAGGUCUCUGGGCACACUCAGAUUCUUCCGCUGGUUGUACGAGAGGUUUCGUCUUCCUGUCGCUCCCGUCUAUGGUGGAUUUCCAGUGAAGUUCCGGACAUUCCUUGGCGAUCCGAUCCCGUAUGACCCGGACAUAACUGCAAAUGAGCUGGCAGAAAAAGUGAAACAGUCUGUCCAGGGUCUGAUAGACAAGCACCAGCAGAUCCCAGGCAACAUCCUGAGAGCUCUUCUGGAGAGGUUCCACAGCAAGUACAAAGACAAGUAACUCCUUCCCAGUCUUGGUGGGAAAUGAAGGAGCAGCACACAGCAGGUCUGAGGUCAAUAGAGAAGAACUGUUCAGGCACGGGACCUGCUGUGGACUUGGAAGUCCUCCAUUUAAAGCACCCGUGUCAAACUCAAGGCCAGUCACAUCAUUUAAUGUGGUCUGCCACUCAUUUAAAAUGGCCUGCCACCUCAUUUAAUGUGGCCUGCCACCUCAUUUAAUGUGGUCUGCCACUUCAUUUAACGUGGUCUGCCACUCAUUUAAAAUGGCCUGCCACCUCAUUUAAUGUGGUCUGCCACUUCAUUUAACGUGGUCUGCCACUCAUUUAAUGUGAUCUGCAACUCAUUUAAAAUGACCUGCCACCUCAUUUAAUGUGGCCCGUCACAUUAUUUAAGUUAGCCUGCCACAUCAUUUAAUAUGUCCUGCCACAUAAUUUAAUGAAUGUGGUCUGCCACGUCAUUUAAUGAGGCCUGCCACUUAAUUUAAAGUGGUCUGUCACAUCAAGUCUGCCACUCAUUUAAAAUGGCCUGCCACCUCAUGUAAUGUGGUCUGCCACAUCAUUUAAAGUGGCCGACUACUUCAUUUAAAGUGGCCCAUCACAUAAUUGAAUGUGGUCUACCACAUCAUUUAUUGUGGCCUGCCACAUAAUUGAAUGUGGCCUGCCACAUCAUUUAACAUGUCCUGCCACAUCAUUUAAUGAAUGUGGUCUGCCACAUCAUUUAAUGUGGUCUGUCACAUCAUUUAAUGUGGUCUGUCACAUCAUUUAGUGUUGUCUGCCAAGUCAUUUAAUGUUGUGGCCUGCCACAUUAUUUAAUCAGGCCUGCCACUUCAUUUAAUGUGGUCUGUCACAUCAUUUAGUGUGGUCUGCCACAUCAUUUAAUGUGGUCUGCCACAUCAUUCAAUGUGGUCUUCCACGUCAUUUAAAGUGGCCUGCCACAUCAUUUAACAUGUCCUGCCACAUUAUUUAAUGAAUAUGGCCUGCCACAUCAUUUUAUGAGGCCUGCCACUUCAUUUAAUGUGGUCUGUCACAUCAUUUAAUGUGGUCUGCCGCAUCAUUUAGUGUUG